CAGACGCAGACGCCUCCGGCCUCCCGCCCCGCACCCGCAGCACGUCUCACUCCUCGGUUUCUUCUUCCUCCUGGCAGCGGGCAGAGAAGUCCAGUCCAGCCCCCACCGCGACGCCCGAUGCCGAUUCCGCAUUAAACUACUCGCUCAUCGCCCAAAAGCUUCGCUGAUCGGGACGGCGGCCCCCUUCGCAUAAACACCGUCGCUUCCCCUCCUCACCAACCCUUCCAAGUUCCCACUCUCUGCUCGGUCGCUCUCCGUCCCCUUUCCACUGCCUGCCCCCUCUUCCUCCUCCUGCUGCUGGUAGCAGCAGCCAGGGGGGCGGUACUAAUUGGGAGGUAGGUGGGCGGAGGCCGCGGCCGCCAGGGAUGGUGGCCGUCGGCGGCGGCGGGGGCGGGGCCCGGCGGAGGCGGGCGUGGCGGUGGGCCAUGCGGGCGGCGGCCAGCGCCGUCCUGUGGACGGCGGUCGUGCAGGUGGCCUCCAUCGCCGGGCUGUUCCGCCCGCGGGUCCUCGCCGACUGCGGCGGGAAGGGCGGCGCUGCCGCCGCGUCCGGCCUCGCCGCGCUCGCCGGCGAGGACAGCCUAGCGGCGAGGCUGUCGCCGCCGGCGCUCGUACCCAAGAGAAUUUACAAAAGCAAUGGCUACCUACUAGUGACUUGCAAUGGUGGCCUCAAUCAAAUGCGAGCCGGGAUAUGUGACAUGGUGACUAUAGCACGCCAUCUAAAUCUAACGCUUGUGGUCCCUGAACUGGAUAAAAGGUCUUUUUGGGCUGACCCAAGUGAUUUUGGAGAUAUUUUCGACGUGGACCACUUCAUUAAUUCCUUGAGAGAUGAGCUGAUGAUAGUUAAAGAGCUUCCUUUGAAACUACAGUUAAGAACUAAGAAGAGACUGUACUCGAUGCCUCCUGUCAGCUGGUCGAAUGAAACAUACUACCUAAAGCGGAUAUUACCUCUUGCGAGGAAGCACAAGGUAAUUCAUUUCGAUAAAUCAGACGCCCGCCUUGCAAACAAUGGCCUUCCGAUUCAGCUGCAGAUGCUGCGUUGCCGAGUGAACUUUGAGGCUCUGAGAUUCACACCACAGAUCGAGGCCCUUGGCAGAAAGCUCAUCUCCACUCUCCAGAGACGAAGUGGGCAGUUUGUUGUGCUUCACUUGCGCUACGAAAUGGACAUGCUCUCCUUUUCAGGCUGCACACAUGGCUGCUCUGGUAAAGAAACUGAGGAGCUCACUAAGAUGAGAUAUGCUUAUCCAUGGUGGAAAGAGAAAGAGAUCGAUUCGGAAGUGAAGAGGCUCCAAGGACUCUGUCCCCUCACACCAGAGGAGAUCACUCUAGUGCUUAAAGCUCUAGGGUUCACAAAGGACACUCUGAUAUACAUUGCUUCCGGUGAAAUCUAUGGCGGUGAAAGGCGCCUGGCCGUGCUCAAGGCUGCGUACCCUAAACUAGUAAGGAAGGAGAAGAUUUUAUCUCCCGAUGAACUGCGGCCGUUCCAGAACCAUUCGACCCAGAUGGCAGCGCUGGAUUACAUGGUCUCUCUAGCAAGCGACAUUUUCAUUCCCAGCUACGACGGAAAUAUGGCAAGGGUUGUCGAAGGCCACCGCAGGUAUAUGGAUUUCCGCAAGACCAUCGUCUUGGACAGAAAGAAGCUCGUCGAGCUGUUGGACCUUUUCCAAGGGGGCGCUCUAUCCUGGGACGAAUUCUCGGACGCAGUGAAGGAGGCACACAGGAGCCGCACGGGCCAGCCUGCGGAAAGAAAGGUCGUCCCAGGGCAGCCCAAGGAAGAGGACUACUUCUACGCUAAUCCUCUAGAAUGCCUCGGCUCCAACGGGGGACUACGGGACGUCUCCUGACGACGCUUUCCUGGAAACACGCCGCCGAUGAACGAU